UAUAAAUAGCAAAAUCUGUCACAGUCAUCUGCACAAAAUACUUCCGUCAACAAAGAUGGCGUACUGGUUUCAUCGUAAUCCACUUAAAGCUACUGGUCCAGUUAAUUAUGAACUGCAUGGAGUAUCAACAAAUGAUGCUACAAGAAAAAUAUUCAGUGAUCUUCGGAUGACCAGAACCAAACUUCUAGAUCUACUCACUGAUCCAGAGAACUCCAAAGAUGUGGUAGAAAAAGCAGAAGCCGAGUACUUGGGUCUACUCCAAGGCUUGUGUAUCCCGAUGGAGCCGAAUGAGACUGAAAACAAACUACGCAAGCUCGUCAAAUUUGUUUGGAGGAACAGUCUUCAUGGCGUACCAACAGUUGAACGCUCAGACACAGUCUUUGAGUAUUUCUCCAUGUUGUUGAAUGUGGCAUUAUGGUAUAGUAAACAUGCAGCCAAGAUUGCAGCUAAAGAAGAUCCAGACAUGGAGGAAGCUAAAGAAAUUCACAAAUGUUUGAGAAUCGCUGCUGGUAUCUUUCAGUUUUGUAAGGAUGAUUUAAGAGUAAAACUACUAGAUCCACCAACAGAAGGCUCACAGGACACAGAUACUAGAGUGCUGGAGGCUUACAUUCACCAAUGCACUGCUGAGGCCCAAGAAAUCACUCUAGCAAGAGCAAUAGAAUUGAAGCAUAAUGUUAGCCUGGUGUCAGCUCUGGCCUUUGAAACUGCUCAGCUGUAUCAAAAGGGAGAUGAUGCGCUUGCAAGUUUAGAUCAGAAAGAUAUUGGAAAGUGGAGGAAAUACUUUCAGCUGAAGCAUAAAUUUUAUUUGGCUUGUGCUCAUAGUUACAAUGGAGAGAAUUUAUUAAACCAAGACAAAUGUGGGGAGGCAAUACGAGGCUUGCGUGAAAGUGUAGACUUGUAUAGCAAGGCUGAGCAGCUGUGUAAGGACUAUGCUGCCACCAAAGGCGUGGGAGCAGUUGCCAAGCCACAAAACCAUUUGUUUUUCAGAAAGCUUGGAACAAUUAUCAAGAGAACUUUGGACAAGUGUGAACGAGAAAAUGGAUUAAUUUACCAUCAAAAAGUUGCUCCAGAUGCUCCUUCAUUGGAACUGAAGGCCACCUAUGGCUUGGUCAGUCCAGAAGAGUAUAAACCCCCAGCCUUGAACCAGCUGUGGUCGGUUGAAGUCUACAAACGUUUCAGCCCCCCUCCCAGCGCACAGAAACCAAGCAAUGAUAAGGCCAAAGGCACGGAAGAGAACCCACUUCUGGCUGUUAAAGAAAAAGAAAUUAAAAUGUCGGAAAAAGAUCCUAAAAACAACAGCGGCUGUGUUGUAUCAUAACAGUGAACUUUCACCAUCGUUGCCAACUUUUCUCAUCCUUACAUGAAAGAAACACUGACAGAACUAUUAUCCUAAGCCCUAAGCUGAUGCAGGUGAUCUAGAAAUGAGUCAAAAGUCCAAGUGGUUUCUUAAAGUAACUUGUUGAGAUGCAAGUAUUACAGUUUGAAAAUGUCUCUAUAAUUAACUUACGCUGUAUGUAAAGAUUACAUUUUCAAAAACACUUUUUAACAUUUUCACCUUUGAAUUUUUUUUUUUAUAUAUGUGCUGCCAGCUACUGCAUUUUUCUUUUUUGCCUGUUGCCAACUAAUAUGCUGAUUAGAGGGCUUAGAACUGCUAGUCUGUUGAAAUAAACAUAUUAACAAUUAUAUAAUGGAGUUGAAACACAAUAUAGAUAGGGCACUUUGACGUGCAAAAGCAUAUUAUGCAAAUAGCAGACACAUACACAUUUUGAACUUAAGUCAAUGUUUUAAUAAAUAGACAUUUUUGUUUUAUUUCUGAUGUCUUAUUCUGAACAUUUGAUUCAAAACACUGGUUGCCACUAUUCAAUUCUACAGAAGGUUUUUUUUGUUGUCACCACUAGUGUUGGUUGUGAUUUUCUGGAGGGCGAGAAGCUGGUACAAAGCAUUUGUUAGAAA